AUGGAAAGUAUCUCAUCUGGAACAAACAUUUCACAGAUUAGAUCCUCCUUCUCCUCCCUUCUGGAAACCAAGAAGCUGCCCAUUGACCAGUGCGAGUGGGAAGGCUAUUUUGAUGAGAGCGGCCACCUGGUGAAAUCCUGGGAUUUUAUUUCAUCCAGCAUCCUCGACAGGGGCCUGGACCCAUCCGUGAGGUCAGAAGCGUGGAAGUUCCUCACCGGGUACUACCCGUGGAGCAGUUCGCGAGAUGAGAGGCUUGCGGUUGAAGGCGUGAGGAGGAAGAAUUAUGAGUCCUUGGCCAAGAUGUACAACAAGAUACAGCCAUUGCUGGAGACGGAGCACAGGGGUUUCUCUCAAGUCUGCAGAUUCAUCAACUCAGACCUGCAGAGACUGUACACGAGAGAUGCCCAAGGCCAGACCAGGGUGGACAAGAAGCAAAUGGAAAAGAUCCUUUUGUUAAGCUACGUGUGCAACAUGGAGGCUGAAUACCAGCAAGGCCUUCAUGAGAUGCUCCUGCUCUUCCAUCUUCUAGCUGAGCAGGAACAUGAGAUCUACUGGCUCUUCCAGUUCUUCCUCCAGAAAACAGAGCACAGCUGUGUGAUGAACAUAGGUGUGGGGAAGAAUUUGAUCAUGCUGAAGGCAUUGAUUGCAUUUAUGGAUCCCACCUUUGCAAAACACCUAGAAGGAAAAGGCACACAAGUUAUUCAGUCAUUGUUCCCCUGGUUUUGCUUCUCCUUCCAGCGAGUGUUCAAAUCCUUCUACGAUGUCUGGAGGCUCUGGGAGGUUUUCCUGACAGGGAAGCCCUGCCGAAAUUUCCAGGUGAUUGUGGCCUAUACGCUGCUGCAGACAGUGAGAGACCAGAUCCUGCGGGAGAACAUGGGUGGAGAUGACAUCCUGAUGCUCUGUGGGAACCUUGUGGACCUGGAUGCUGACCAGCUGAUCUCCGAAGCCUGCUCCACCUAUGACCGCCUCCUGGAACAUGCAGACAAGGCCGCCUGGCCCAGCUCCCCUCCACGGGAGCGGGGACGCGCCGUUAUCGCCCCGUCGCAGGCAGGGAGCCCCCACUGCCGGGCUGCCAGGAAAAUCACUAAGCAGCUGCCGCGGCUGGUGGAAGGUGAUGAUGCCUUGGAAGUAAAACUUCAGCCCCUGCGUAAUUCAGCCUCAGCAAACUCUUCCUCAGAUGCUGGCUCACCCCAGAUCAAGAGGCUGUUGCGGGAGCAGGGUGAUGGACGCGGGCUGCAUCAGCCCACCUCCACGGCUGCCGGGGUGCCUGCCCGCACUGUCCAGCCACCAGGAGCGAGUCACUGGCAACGUGCACGCCACUUGGGCCAGCUCCUUGCCUUGAAAUCUGCUGCUGACAGGGACCUGCACUUGGCCAAUGGGUCCUUGAACAGCUCUGGGAUAACCGUGGCUCCCUACGUGCUGCUGCUGAGCACCUGGGCAAGGUGCAGCCGUGAGGACUGGGAUGUGUGA